CUGGUUAAAGGAUCUUGACUGGAAUGGCUGGAUUCGGGGCUCUCGGCAGAGCUUUCCAGAAGCGCAGGAAAAAGAGUGCAAGCAGUCGACGUUGGGCCUUAAAGACCAAGAAGUCGGUAACUCCGAUAUCUAAUAGUCAGUUAAACAUUACAAUUGACCCAAGUGUCAAAAGAAAUAUAAAAUCCAUUGUGGAGAUCAAAUAUGGAGACAGUGAGCAACUGUCCUCUGUUCCAAAGAGUGGAGACCGAUUUUUGUAUCAUGCAGUUGGAAGCAUUAUGCAGCAAUGUCAUGACAGAAUCAGCCAGAUGUGGACCGGGUUUUGGAAAGUUUUCUUUUUCUGGAGAGCUUAUGCACAGCAAGUGGAGAUUCUCCACCAGAGGGUGGAAGACCUUCAAACAGAAGUACGACUACUACGUUCUAGUGUGCAAACGGUUCAUGAACUUAGAGGUUCUGCCUGCCAUUGUGGACAGCUAGAUGGUAUCAUCCCACAACAGCAGCAACACAGCUCUGUUCCUCCGCCUUCUGCUCUUCCUCCUCCACCUCCCCCUCCACCUCCCCCUCCACCUCUGCCACCAUCCACAACUGUGCAAGCUCCACAGAAACUAUCCCAGUUUCUCAAAAAGAAACCAGCAUCUAUGUCACUGCAGGAGAAGUCAGAUCGACAUGUUGCAGUGACUCUACGGGAUCUACAGGCUGUGCAGCUAAGAAAAGUAAUUGUUAAACAUAAAGUUCAGAUGUCCCCAGAUGGAAAAAGAUCCCCUCUGGUCACAUUAGCAGACCUGCAGAAAGUCCGUUUGAGACGCACUCGGUGUAGCUUCCUGUCACCUCAGAGGCCUAACAUUGGCAUGACGUCAAUCAAAAGUCCUUUGAAGCCAAGUGUACAACUCAAAAAAGUCUAUGUUAACCGAACUCCAGGUGGUACACCACUGUGCAAUAAAGAGAAUGCAGAGAAGAACUCACUCGCUAGUGCAAUCAUGAGCAAAGCUGUGGAAACUAAGAUCCAGAGUGCCUUGCCUAUGAGAUCCUAACCACUGAAGCCUGUCAGUUGAGACUGUGACAUCCGACCACUUCCUGUAUUGAAGUAUUGCACUUUCUUAACUGGUUUUAUCCUGGUUUGAUAUGUGGUUUGACGAUAACGUACCCAUUUUUUUUUCUAAGACAUUUAAAGUACACAUACCUAUAGGGCAAAUACUGAACUACACAAUACCCUCUUGAGCCAGUUUUAAUGAGCAGUUUAAAAUUUAGUGAAUAAACUGGUAAAGUAGUGGUGAGGACCAGCUUGAAAUGAACAUGGUUUCAGUAUUGAAAAAUAAGCAUGAAAAUACACUUUAAGUCUGUUACAUUAUGUGGCAUGUUGGAUUCCAUAAUAUGUAUGGUGGAUUCAGUCAACAUAGUGAAACCUUAAGGGAUCACUCUAGUGCUGAGCAAUGCAAUAAGGCCAACAUGCGUGUAAUUUAAAUAUGUAUUUUGGAAUGUUAAUGUUUAGAACUAUGUUUUGUAAUAUUUUCGAGAAACCACUUUUUAUAUGCACCUAAAUGUGAUAUUUUACUAUGUUGUA